GCACAUCAGCGGGAAGUCAACACAAUCAUGCCUCCGCGAUUACCGGCGCUCACGGCGCACUGCCGGGCCUGCCGGGCAGUGCCAGCCGCUACAACAUCAUUGGGAUCGUUUCUGCUUCCGUUCAUGCAGGCUCGAAGUGCAUCCAUUCUAGCAACAUUGUCAGAUAAUCCAGGGGCCUACAACAAACGCAUUCGACGUGGUCGUGGUCCCUCUUCAGGAAAAGGAAAGACAUCCGGACGUGGCCACAAGGGUCAGAAGCAGCAUGGAAAGGUUCCAGCGAGAUUUCAAGGUGGUCAGACGCCGCAGGAGAUUGUUCAUGGAAAACGGGGAUUUGAGAACCAUUUUUCUGUUGAUAUGUCACCCAUCAACCUGGACCGAAUACAAUCCUGGAUCGAUCAAGGUCGGCUUGAUCCUACACGACCCAUUACCUUGAAGGAGCUGGUAGAAUCACGCUGUCUUCACGGUAUCAAGGACGGCGUGAAGGUGUUGGCUCGGGGCAAGGAGGAACUCAAGACCCCAAUCAAUAUCUUGGUUUCACGAGCAUCUGCAACUGCCAUUCAAGCAAUUGAGUCUGUUGGAGGCACCGUUACAACGAGAUUCUACACCAAAAAGUCGAUCAAGAGACUGCUGAAAGGCGAAUCGGAAUCGAGCUUCACGCCUCUUGCUAUGACGCCCCCUAGCACUGGGGAGUCCCCAAUACUUGGGGCUGUGGCGGCUUCAGCAUCACCCUUUUCAUACCGGUUGCCAGAUCCAACUAGUCGUAAAGAUAUGGAGUACUACAGAGAUGAAGCGCAUAGAGGCUAUUUGAGCCAUUUAGUGGAGGAAGGACAGGGCCCUAGUUUGUUCUUUAAGACACCAGGCACUGGAAAGAAGCGGAGGGCGAAGAAGGCCAAGGGAGCAGCAUUAUCGGGGGAGAAUAAGCUUUGGUAGAUAGUUCAGUGGCUAUCAGGUGUAUUAUAGGAUUCCAUGUGUUCAAAUAAACUAGCUGUACAAAGAUGCGUCGAUCGGCAUCCUUCACAAUCUUUGGGCUUUCACUGCAUCUGAGCAAAUAAGAAUUUGAGCAGUUUGAGCAUCUGGGAAUUUUGAACGUCUCGGCAUUGAACAGUAUUUGCAUGAUUGGAAGGCAAAAAUGUAACUUUAGGAACCAAGAGCCAAUUUGGUAAGACGAAGUGUGUCUUGGGUCGACCAGCAUUAACUGCAGCCACAGAAUGUGAAUAGAG